UACUACAAUACAACUACAACUACAACUACAACUACAACUGCACAUUCAACUGCAACUACAACUACAAUAACUACUCCUGCUACGUGGACGGCGACUACUAUUCCUACUGCUAUUGCUACACCUUCCGAUCCCGAGGAGCGCCAGAGAAGUUGAAGGAGCGAGAGCUUCUUGCACGCGAAGGACGGCGCUCUCUCGGGCUUGAUCUCGGGCAUGCCGCUCUCCACUGUGGAGCUGGUGCCGCUGCGCGCCCCGGCUUCCGGGCGCCUCGUGCGGGAGGUCUGGCUCCCGCGGAGCGGGGGCGUCCUGCUCGAGCCGCCGCGCCGCGCCCCGCCGCCGCGCCCCGGCUCGCCGGAGGACGGCGAGGAGGCCGAGGAGGGCCCAGGAUACGGCGCCGUUUUCUCGAGGAAUUCGAUCCACGAGGACGCAGCGCUGGCAAUGUUCAAGGCCGCGCUGUGCGCCGCGGCGCUCCUGUCCCAGGCGCUGCUGUGGUGCCACCUUCCGCAGCGGGCCACCCCCCAGCGGCUUGGCGCCCUCGUCUGGCUCUGCAUCCUCGUGUCGAAUGUGCUGUGGGUGGCAUACGCGGCGAACCUCGUGUACAGAAGAGUGAAUUCGGCCCAGACGGACAGCGAUUACGUGUUCGGCACGGGAAGCACGUGGGCUGACCGCAGGAUCAACGUCGGCCUCUACCUAAGCCUCGUCCUGCUCCAGAUGCUCGACGUCCCGGCGAGCGUCCGCGACUCGGUGUCGCUGUUCCACCCGUGGAGGCCCCCGCGGCCGGUCUGCGCCCUCGCCGCGGGGUCGCGGCGUGCGGUGGUGGUCGGCUACGCCAGCAAGCGGCAUUUCGAGGCGGAGAACCGGAACGACGGGAUCGUCCAGCUGCCGAGGCUGCUCUUCGGGGACCUCCCGAUCCUCCUCCUGCAGGCGGGGCUGCUGCUCUCGAGCCCGGCGUGGCCCUGCGGCCUGCAGG